GACGGUUUGUUGCUUUUCUUUUUACGGCCUAGUGUGCACAAACUUUCGUUGAGGAUGUGAAGGGAAGCUGUUAACUCAGUGCGUGUAGCCGGUGCACAGCAGGGUGAGGGGAGAUGAGCAGACAGGCGGAGAUGAGCCUCAGAGUGAAGUGUGGGGGGAUGAAGAGUGGAAAUGGGCUCAGAGCAGACAGGAGCGGCGUGACGGGGGACGGAGCAGACACCGGCCGGUCUGCUGGCAGACACACGGAGGGAGGCAGAGCUGCGGGGAGGACGGCUCUGCUAGCUCUCGGCCGCACCGAGGCUUUGCUGGAAAGUUCGGGCAGCUGCGGAGCCCCUGAAGGCACCAUGGUCGUGUCGGUGCGGAGCUGGGUCGCCAACGAAGGAGGGAAGCACUUGGUGCUGAUGCUGUGGCUGGGAGGCAACACCUGGCUCUUCAUGAAUACCUUCCUGCUCUACUCCACCGGCCAGCAGUACCACUACCUGUACAAGAUGCUCGGGCUGGGGUUGUGCAUCAGCAGGGCGUCUGCAUCUGUGCUGAACCUGAACUGCAGCUUGGUGCUGUUGCCCAUGUGUCGCUCCCUGCUCACCUUUGUACGAGGAACUCAUGCGGUGUCAUCCAGAAAGACACGCAGACUGCUGGACAAGAGCAAGACCUUUCAUGUGGCAUGUGGCGUUGCCAUCUGCGUCUUCUCUGUUGUGCACGUUUCAGCCCACCUGGUGAAUGUCGUCAAUUUCAGCGUAAGCUACUCGGAUGACUUUCCUGCUCUCAAUUUGGCUCGCUACAGAGGAGAGGAUCCCAAGAUGAUCAUUUUGAGCACAAUCCCAGGAAUUACUGGUGUGCUGCUGGUUCUCAUCCUCUUCCUGAUGUUCACGUCCUCCUCCUACUGCAUACGGGUGUCCAACUAUGAGAUCUUCUGGUACACACACAACCUCUUCAUCAUUUUCUACAUCAUCCUGAUGGUGCACAUGGUCGGUGGUGCUCUAAAGUAUCAGACCAACAUUGAAGCCCACCCCCCCGGCUGCCUCCGAGCCAAUCAGAGCAGCACAGAGCAGCAGGGCGAAGAUCUGGAGCAGCGUGAGGAUGAGGAGGGCCGAUGCAGAGAGGAUGCUCACUUCCAGCCACAUUACCCCCAGACGUGGCUUUGGGUGUCCGGUCCUCUCUGUCUCUACUGUGUGGAGCGUUUCUACCGCUACAUCCGGAGCAGUGACCCCGUUACCAUAGUGACAGUCGUCAGGCAUCCUUGCGAUGUCAUCGAGUUGCGCAUGCUGAAGAAGAACUUCAAAGCUCGACCCGGACAGUAUAUUGUUCUUAACUGUCCAGGUGUCUCUUCAUUUGAGAACCAUCCCUUCACUCUAACAACGUGUCCCACAGAGAACAAGGAAACCUUUGGCAUCCAUCUGCGAGUCGUGGGAGACUGGACGGAACGGUUCACACAACUGUUACUUCCUCCUCCAAAGAUAGACUUGGAGGUCCUUCCCAUGUUCCAACAGAGGAUAUACCCCAAGCUUUACGUUGACGGUCCUUUUGGAAGUCCAUCAGAGGAAGUAUUCAACUACGAUGUCAGUCUUUGCGUUGCUGGCGGAAUAGGAGUCACUCCGUUCGCAUGUGUGUUGCACGCUCUGCUUGAUGGCUGGACGGGUUUCAGGUUACAGAGGUUGUACUUUGUGUGGGUCUGCAGGGAGCUCCAGUCCUUCUACUGGUUUGCAGAGCUGCUGUGUGCUCUGCAUCACAAGCUUUGGCAGGAGAAUAGACCGGACUACUUUAACCUGAAACUUUACAUCAGUCAGACAGAUGGCCUGCAGAGCAUGUCUGAGGAGAAGUACCGACCGCUCUCGUCGAGACUGCUGGUUGGUCGACCCAAGUGGAAGUUACUUCUAGAUGAGAUUGGGAAGAGCAAUAAACAUAAGCGAGUCGGGGUUUUCUGUUGUGGACCGAAGGGCAUCUCCAGGACUCUGCACAGACUGUGUAACUCAGCACGAUCCUCUGGAACCACAUUCGAAUUCAACAAGGAGUCGUUCUGCUGAUCAGUCAUCCCAGCUGGUUCUAUACUUCAAGGGUAACCUCAGUGAAAAACAACUAGUUUGGGAUGGAUGGAUUUUCAUUCGUUUUGGGACAUAAUAUCUGUAGUCGAAGUAAAUUUCUGAAUAUCUUUGGCUGAUCUUGGCUACUUGAAAUAUUGUUCACGUCUAUGAAUCAGUGAGAUGUCAUUUAACUCAAAUACUCAGACUGUAUUUAUAUUUUAUGGGCAUCUCUGUCCGUGGUCUCAAACAGCUCAGCGGGCAAAAACUUGACAUGCAGCAUGAGGCCUGUUGCUCCCCACAGAUCGACCCGACCUCCAUCGACUGCAGCAUCUGAUCCAAUCUUCAUGUGCGAAAAACUGAAGAUACCACCUCCCUGUUGGGGGUCUCCACUCAUGGCACUCUGUUUUUCUCAAGUCACUGUCUUAUCUUUGUCCCGAUGCACCCCUCUGUGGAGUAAAUUUGUUUUCUCACGCAGGAGUCUGAUGUGCGAAUAAGGUUCAACUCAAACUCGACCACAAGCACAACAAGGAUAUAACACAAGAUGGAAUUUGUCUUUCAGCAGUAGACCAGGACUGAACGGUCACUCAGGGAUGAGACAAAGAGCUUCUAUACAAACAUGCAAGAAGUAAGCGGAGCCACACGGUGAAAUCAUUGGCAAUAACCAAGGGCUAGUUUAGUGUCAGGCAGACUUCCUGUAACAUUUAUUUGACUUCAGACAGCAAGGCUACAAACUCUCCAAAGCAAAAAUACUAAGUUACAGAGCCAAAUUCAUACAGCGCCACCUCAGGAUUCACUUUUGUUCUAUCAGUGCCAAAAUAAAUGGGCAUCUGGUUUGGCAUCUUUACUGUGAUAAAAGAUUUGUUUUGUUGGCAUCCAAAAAACUAUAGCUCCUGUACUUUAAGCCAAACUGUAGGAAUGCUAGCCCCUGGAGCUGUUUUAUUUUGAUUAAAAUCACAAUUAGUUCAUUUCACUGCCCCUUACACUAAUGUGGAUUCAUUUACUUCAGAGUGUGCACAGAAAAUUCAUGAAUGUCUUUCAGAUUUGUAAACAUUUGAUGAGGAAACUAGAAACUAAGUGGGGACAGGACUUCAGCUCUCUACAGAUUGGUUGUUGUUAGGUCUAUAUGUGCCACACAUUAUUUGACAAAGCCAGGAAAUGAACUGAAUAAUUCAUUGGUCUGUGAGAUCAUCUGAUCAUAAUUGGAGGCAGUUUUCUCUCAAAAGAGAAAAGGAAUGAAACAAAAAAAAUGGACAGGUAAUGAAUACUUGAUGCAGUCUUUGUUUUCAUUUUGUUGUUUGACCCUGUUCAUAUUUGUUUAGCAAAUCUUAUACAAAGAAAACCUACGCUACACCUCAAACCAGUAUUUUUAGUGACAGUUGUUUUUUUCAAUUUAUUUAUAAUGUUUAAAGGUAUUAUGCAGUAUGUCAUAUGUCAAACUUUUAUAUGGGCUUUGGCAAUUUCAGUAUUUUCAAAUAUCUUCACAGUGUAAAGUUCCUGAUAGAAAGUAAGGAGAAUGCUUGUGGAAAUCUAAAUUAAAACUAAGUUAGUAACUCCGAUGCUACAUAACUGGAAAUACUAGGAAAUUAUGAACAUCUUUAUAUGUUGCAAUUGAAGCAACCAUAUUCUCACAAACUGCAAUUGUAAUUUGAAAUUUUUAAAAUACAUGUACAUUUUAAAUUGUAUGUCUAUUUUCAGGAUUGUCUUCUUGUUUAAGAACAAGGCAAAAUCUAGAAUAAAGAGAUUUUCUAUUUAUUA